AUGGUGAUUGCAGCUGCUUCUGCUGUUGGAACUGGCAUCUUAGUAGCUACAGUCUUCUGCUUCAGAAGGAAAUUCUCCCUAGUGUGCGGUUCAAAUUUCGGCUGCCUUCCUCAACUAGCUGAUACAAUACUUGAAGAUGAUCGGUUCCAGUUUGAUAAUAAUGUUACAAACCUGGCUUUACUAUCAAAUUGUUCGUUGCCAUUUCCAGAAGAACUUUUGAGGUACAGUGUCAAUAUGAUCAAUUGUGAUGCUGGGAAUGGAAGUGGGUGGGAACUAGCUAUGUUUCAGGAUAAGCGGAAUCUGAGUUUGGCAUUGAAAGAGUGUGGCACGGAGGUGGUGGCGCCAGUGGAAGUGCGUGGUGGAAGCUAUGGAUUUGGGGACUAUGUAGGGCUGCUGAGAAAAGGCUUUGUUGAAGUGGGCAGUUGCUGA